AUGACGCAGCUUGAAGUGCCAGAGUCUCAGAACGCCCCUUUGACCCCCACGUCGCAGAAGUCGAGUCCCACCAAGAAGAUUCGAGAGAAAGCUGCGCAGAUCCGCAAGAGCUUCCAGCGUCCAAAGUUUUGGAUCUUGGGCUUUGGCUGGUGCCUGGCGGCUUGCGCUGGUGCUGCAAAUGUCAUAGCUUUCAAGAGCUGGCACCUGUAUGCAUCACAUGUGACUGGCAGUACGUCCGCCAUGGCUUUUCGAUUGGAAGGCUAUCAUCAAGGAGAAUACGGAUCAGAGAGCCUGAAAGAGGCUUGCUUUUUGGUACUCUCCUUUGUGCUCGGUGCCUACGCAUGCGGUCUUUUGAUUGACAAGAAUCAAGUCCACUUCUUGGGCAAGGCCUUUUACGGCUUGGCGCUUGUGUUGAACUCAACCUUGCUGGUGCUAGCCGCAUUUCUUCCAGGGCGCUUGCUGCCAGUGUGCUUCGUCUCUGCCGCCUGCGGACUUCAGAAUGCCAUGUGCACUUCUCAUUUCGGUGCCAUCAUUCGCACGACACACGUGACAGGCACUGUCACCGACAUCGGCUCCACUCUGGGGCGGAUCAGCAUGAUCUACCUGCGCAAGGGCUGUCGCCGUUCCAAAUUGGAUGAUGUGGAGCUAGCAGAGGUGAGUGUGGACAGCCGAAAGCUGGCAGUGCUCAUGGGCCUGUGGAGCUUCUAUUUUGUCGGUGGCCUUGUGGGGAUCUACAUGGAGAACAUCAUUCCAGGCCCCCCGGAGCGUGCCUUGUUGCUGCCGGCGACCUUCACGGGCGGCUUGGGCCUCUUCUACAUGGCUUGCCGCAAGAUGCUCAAGGAGUAUAUCAAGAAGUUGGAGAGAGAGCGCUUUGAAUCUGACCUGGAAGAAGCGCAUAAAGUCUUGGUUCACAUGGGCAGUCGUCUGCAUUCUCUCGAGACCAGCGAUCACUCUGUGGUUGAAUUGGAUGAAGAGAUGGGACAGAUGAUUGAGGCGCUUCAUGAAGUGGAGGCCGACUUUGAAAAUCUUUGCCGGCAGAAAAGCCAGAUCCUCGAACGAAGUGAAAGCAUGACAAGCAAGGGAAGCAGCAAGGCCAGCAAGGGCCAGUCCGCAGUGUGA